ACCCUCUCUGCAGGUUUUGGGCAACAAUGGCAGUAAUCCCCGUUGACUUUCAGCUCUGCUUCAUUUUCAUCCUCCUAUGGCUCUUCUCACUCUUUUGUCUAUCUGCUUUCUUCUUCAAGAAAUCAAAAGGUCCACAGUUCCAAGACUGUUGUCUACCUCCAAGCCCACCGUCUCUACCAGUCAUAGGUCAUCUUCACCUUCUCCUCUCUGUUCCAUGUUACAAAUCUUUUGAGAAAAUCUCCUCCAAGUAUGGUCCCUUCAUUCACCUUCGUGCCUUCAGUAUCCCUAUCGUUCUAGUUUCCUCGGGCUCCAUGGCCUAUGAAAUCUUCAGGACCCACGACCUGAACUUUGUUACCCGUGACCGCGCAGCUCCUAUAAUGGAAAAAUCAAUACUUUUUGGUUCCUUUGGCUUUGUCUCAGCUCCUUAUGGAGAUUACUGGAAAUUUAUGAAGAAGCUCUUAGUCACAAAGCUUCUUGGGUCUCACUCCCUCGAGCGGACACAGCUCCUCCGUAAGAAAGAACUCGAGACUUUCCGGGCUAUGUUGUUCGAUAAGGCAGCAAAGAAUGAGACUGUCGAUGUUGGUAUAGAGAUGAUGAAGCUAACAAAUAAUAGCAUCUGCAGAAUGAUAAUGGGGAGGAGGUGCUCAGAGGAGAACGGUGAAGCAGAACAAGUCAGAGGCUUGGUGACCGAAUCACUUAGUUUGGCGAGGAAGUUCCUUAUAGCUAGCACGGUUGGUCGAGCUCUCAAGAAGCUUGGGAUCUCUCUGUUUGAGAAGGAAAUCAUGGAGGUCUCGCAGAGGUACGAUGAAUUGCUGGAGAAGAUUAUUAAGGAACAUGAAGAGAAUCCAAACAAGAAAGAGGAUAGAGACAUGAUGGAUGUUCUGUUGGAAGUUUUUGCAGACGACAAUGCCGAGUUAAAAAUUAGCAGGAACCAAAUCAAAGCGCUCUUUGUUGAGCUUUUCAUUGGAGGCACUGAUACUUCAGCACAUACAACACAGUGGAUAAUGGCGGAACUAAUUAACCAUCCCGAGAUUCUUAAAAGAGUGAGAGAAGAGAUAGAAUCUGUUGUCGGGAAAACGAGGUUGAUUCAAGAAUCAGAUCUCUCAAACCUGCCGUAUUUGCAGGCUGUCGUGAAAGAAGGGCUAAGACUACACCCGCAUACGCCAAUCUUGGUGAGGAAUGCAACAGCGGCAUGCAAGAUCGGAGGGUAUUACAUAGAGCAAAACACGACAAUGAUAAUAAACACUUAUGCAGUGAUGAGAGAUCCGGAUUCAUGGGAAUAUCCAGGCGAGUUUCAGCCCGAGAGGUUCAUGGUCCCCCCUUCAAAUAGGAAUGAGUUAGCUUUGAAUUACAUUCCUUUCGGAAGUGGAAGAAGAGGAUGUCCUGGAGCAAACUUGGGUUAUAUCUUCAUUGGAGUAGCCAUUGGAACAAUGGUACAAUGUUUUGACUGGACAAUUAAUGGAGAUAAGGUUAACAUGGAAGAAACUGGAGAAAUGACUCUGAGCAUGGCUCAUCCACUUAAAUGCACUCCGGUUGCUCGAAUUAACCCAUUAGCUAGCUUUGAAUCUAGAAUUCCUUAGUUUUAAAUGACAAUGGGUAAUAAUCUAGAGAUCAUUGGUUGAUGGUUGAGUAUGAUAUUUCAUGUUGGUGUCAAAGCCAUAUGUCUGAAACUUGCCGUCUUUGUACUUUUUUCUUCUUCAAAGGGAAACAUAUUAUCAUUA